UUCCCGAGUCUGACGUCACCGAAUCUUCGGUUGGCUCCGUUCUGGCAGAAAGCAACAAGAAAAGUGCAAAAUGGCGACCCUGGACGAUAGUCCGUCGCUAUUUGCUGGCCAAGCAUGGGGCAACUGGGCCGAUAAUGUGCCUUUUUCGCCAGAAAGUGGUGCUGAGAGCUCCAAAGACAGUGACGAUGACAAUGGUCAUAGUAUGAAGCUAAACAAAGAAGAUAUGGGUCUUUUUGGAGAAUGUCCAUCACAAGAUGAAUUCUACCUUGUUGUUUGUGAAAAGUGUGACAAAGUUGUCAAACCUAAAGCAUUCAAACACCACCUGCGAAAUAGACAUGGGGAAUCUGGAAUUCCAAAAACUACUCAGCUCAUACUGCAACGGUCAACCCAUUCCAUGUCCAAACUGUCCGCCACCACUCCAUCUCCCACAAAGUCAACCUCUGCUUUCAAACUAGGAACGUCAGUGCCAACAAAGGCUAGUGUCAAAGAGGUUCCUCCUUCAAUCACCAAUGCACAGAAAAUGGGAGCAGCUGUGAAUGCCAAACUUAAAAAGAAUCACACAAUGCCUGUGGUGAAAAUGGAGCGAAUGGACCUGAACAAGUACUCAGGCUCACACUUAGAAUCUACGGGCAAACCUCCAUUAACGAACGGGACGUUGAGUAAAAGUUCUAAUCUAAAUAUUACAGGCAAAAAUGUGGCCAAGAGUCCUGUCAAACCAGAUUCACCAACCUCACCUGUAUCGCAAUCAAUGACAUUGGCCUCACUGGUCGUGAGCAGUCCAUCUGUGUCGGUGGCUAGUGCCACCCUGACUACUGCCAUGACAACGUGUGUGACGACAACCAUGACAACCUCGACGGCACUGACAUUAGCACCCUUUGUGUCUCCCUCUUCCUCAUCAGUAUCCAGUAAUAAUAUCUCGAUCACUAGUGUCGGUAACACCGCUGUGCUCAGUGCCAACAACAGUCUCAACAGUAGUAGUGGCAGUGAGAUCAGCCUGGGUAGUGUGCCCUCGUCUCCUGUACUAACUCCCAACAAACCCAGUAGUGGCACUGCUGCAGCUACCCUAAAGACAUCAAGUAAUGGUAGCCUGACAAGUAAAGCAGGAAGUGGUGGUGCCAGUCACAGUAGCAGUGUCACUAAAACAGCAAGUGUUAGCAGCAUCAUUAAGUCAGCAAGUGCUAGUAGUGUAGCUAAGACUAGCAGUCUUGCUAAAGCUAGUAGUAGUGUGGGAUCUCUAAGUAAGUCUAUCCGUGGCAGUGGUGCGUCCGGGUUAAAGACUGGUGGCAACAGUAAUACCAAUAAUAAUGCUGUCAAGAAGAAGCCUGUCAUACCUAUUCAAAAACCAGAUAAACUCAUCCCGUGUAAAGAUCGUGAAUUUGAUGCAAACAAACAUUGUGGUGUGGUAUUUGAAGAUUCAGGAAAACCUUGCACACGUUCACUCACCUGCAAGACUCACGCACUGUCUCUGAGGAGAAAAGUGCCUGGGAGGAGACAACCCUUUGAUGAGCUGCUGAAGGAACAUCGAGCUGCCAAAGAGGCGUUCCUGAAACAGAGAGCUGAGCAGAAGGCGGCUCAGCUGGCAGCAUCCAUGGUGACCUGUGGUGGCAACACUGUCAAGCCAGCACAGCCACACGGUGCCUCACCAUUAGUGCCACUGGACCGAGGUUUGACCUCUGCGAAAGCUGGCAACCAUGGGUCUUCAGUGAACACAUCCAAGGAAAGCUCUUUACAAUCCCGCCUACUGCACUCUGGAGCCAUGUCUCCACAGAAGAUAUCGAGGCCUGCUGUCGUCAAACCCAACAACAUCUGUCUCUCUAGAUCUAGUGGCUCAGGAAGUUUACAUUCACCUCUGGCAUCUGCUCAUCGGGAUGAAGCAGGGCCCUCAUUUACCCCGGCUCCUGACCCUCAAAGCAGGCUCAGUGAUGGGGAGGGGGAAGAGGAAGACGGAGAAGUGGACAAACCUGACCGUUCAUACCUCCCCUAUCAUCCACGUCCAGCAGCAACUUGUACAUUUGGUGCCCGCCAUCAUACCUUCAACAGUCGGGGGUGUAAUUUGUUCAACAGACGGGUGGAUGUGCUCCGGGCUGCUUUCCUGAAAGUCCUCGAGCGACAAAUCAAUCCACCGCCUCCAAAGAAACUUUGUGUGGAGUCAAAUUUACCAAAAGAACCUCAGUUCCUGUCCAAUUCCAAAGAUCCUUAUGCGUUUAACUUGAUUGACAGUGCCAUGGGUGGAGGGACACAGCAGUUCAAUGCUGUAGUGAACUCUACCGUUGUAAACAAAAACAAUGUGAAACCAAAAUCUAAGCCCUCCAGUAGCUGUAGUAGUAGCAGCAGCAGCAGCAGCAGUCGUAACAAGUCACGGGAGGGUGCAGUCAGCAACUCUGGGGGCUCGCGCAGCCCUGCCCACUCAGGAACCUCUACAUCUAGUAGUACAGGGGCGGUGAAACGCAAGCGUAGUGGCAGUGGUGGCCCCGCCUCUAGUCCUUGUACCACUUACAACAAUGUAGUCGGUGGCAAUACCAUGUCCAUCAACUCGAGUAACACUGCGCUCAACAGUCAUACAAACAGUAGUCCCCUCACUGCCAUAGCUAUCCCCAGUGUCAAUCUCAGCUCUGCCACUCUCAGUCACUUCAAUGCCAACCUGGCAGGCAGCAAAAACCCAAAGAACAAUCUGUUAAAGGACUUUGGACUUGUAGUGCGGAGUAUAGAUCCCUCGGCUAUAGUUAACGGCCAGUACGUGAUAGGGGGAACAACUGCUCAAAUCAUUGAUGAAAAAAUGCUUCAACAGACUCACAUUAUCUCUGGUGGGAACAAGGGAAACUCAGCAAAAUUAGUCAAUAGCCUUGAGGCAUUGCAGAAAAACAAUUUGAUACCUGCCAAUGCUAUCCUUGUCGACAGUGCUAUGCAACCAGGGACAAUGCUUACACCCGUUUCUGUAGGCUCUAUAGGGUCUGUGCCCAGCAAUACCGUCAUUUCUCUAGCCAACAGUUCUAUGUCUCAGGCACAUCCGAGCCCCUCCACAACUCCGAGCCAGCUCUUCAGAUCGGGUUCUCUCAGUCCACAAGUUUCCUCACCUUUGCCGAAUGGAAUCACUCAGUCGGUGGCGGACAAAAGCAGCAGUAGUCACCGCCACACACUGAUCCAUCACCACAAGGGGCCACAGAAGCCCAUGAUGGCCCAGUCCGCCCUGCCUGGCCUGCUCUCUACUGCUCAGGUCAUCACCUCUAAUAACAACCCACAAGUUUGUGCUAGUCAUGUCUUCACACAGCUCGCUCAGCUUCAGGUCAAACCCGGGGCCAAGGCAGGACCCAACAAGGUCACCAUGCAACCGGUGUCCUUGACAUUUCCUUUGACCAACUUGGGAACAGUGACUGGUCAGCAGCCUCAAACGCACACCCUGUUUAUUACAAGCAGUGACGAUGGCACGCGACACGAACUUCAGCACCAGCCAGUAUCCAACUCCCCGUCUAGUCUCAUGUCCUAGCGCAGGCUAAUGUUACAGUGCUAUACAGUCACCUCUGUUGUCUUUCACAAAGUUCAUGUCAUGACUGUCUUACAUGGCCUUAGUGCUUUAUGAUAUAUCUAAAAUUCAAACAUCAUUCAUGGGCCUAACAUGUUAAUUGAAGGUGUUGACAGUUUUGUUGAAUGCCAAUGAUGAAAAUACUGCAUUGAAAGAAUUGAAUAAUCAUUAGUCAAACACUGGAUGUCUACGUAUAUAAUGUUCAUUUUCGUUCUUCAUUGAUUUGUUUAAAGGUGCUUAAAACAAUGUUAUCUUGUUUUCAAAUCUGUUAAAUUAUCAUAUUUUGUGUUCAAACAGUAAACAUUAAAUCACAUUUUGGAGACAUGCAAAAUUCGUCUAAAUAGUAUAAGAUUAUAGUUAUAAACUUCAACAAGAUAUUGGCUGUAAUAGACUGUUUUGAAAUCAUUAUGGGGAAAGUGUGUUUCAAAAUGUAAAUGAAUGGCAUCCAUGCUGGUUAAGCUGUCAAGAGGUGAAAUAACAUUGGCAUAAUAAUACUUGUUUCAGAUACUGAGCCCUUCUAACAAAAUCACUCAACUCACUGUCAGCUUUGAGGUGCAAUUCAAUCUGAAUGACAUCGGUAUUGUGACAAUAAAUCUUAAACUGAGUUAACCUGGAUUCAAUUAAGAACAGCACAAUUGACAUCAAAAUUAAGAAUCAUAAAAUAGUGCCAUAUUUUGGAAGACAUUUAACCAAUUUGAAACUAUCCGUCAUUUGCACACAACUGAUGAAGUAUAAGAACUGUUGGCGAUAGAAAAUAACUUCGCAACAAAUGCAUUUUCAUUUUUUGUCUGGGUUACUUAUUUGUAUAUCAUGUGUCUGAAAGGCCUGUUGGACAGUCAUGAUGGCAAAAUUCCUUUACUGGCUAUCAAGUCGGUUUGUGUACAUUCAUUCCAUGGGAGAUGUUAAUAGCUGCAGUACAGAUCACUAGGCAUAAAAACUAUUUGCUGGUGGUUUAUAUCCUGACAGAUUUGUACAAUGAAAACUCUUUGCUCUGUGGAAAAUGAGACUUUAGAUUUUGAGUUACAUUUCUUUGCAAUUUGAACAAUACAUGCUUUAUUUUGUUCUGGAUGAUUUAACAGUGCCGUAGUUCUGCCUAAACAAUAUAAAAUACCCUACUUCUGUCUAAACAAUGUGAAAUGCCCUACAUCUGCCUAAACAAUGUAAAAUGCCCUACUUCUGCCUAAACAAUAUGAAAUAUCCUACUUCUGCCUAAACAAUGUAAAAUGCCCUACUUCUGCCUAAACAAUAUAGAACGCCCUAUUUCUGCCUAAACAUCUGAUAUUCUAUAAAAGUAAUGUAUGUAAUAUGUACCACAUCUCAAUUUUGUUGAUCACUUUAGCUUCUGGGUUGUUUUGUAGAAUGAUUAAUAAUUACUAAAGUCAAGACUGCGAAUAAUUUGCCAUUCCUUCCUCCAAAGAGCACCUCGUGAAAUAGCCAUCUUUUUGUGCUAUGUUUAGUUUGUUGUAAUGAGAAAAUGAGUUUUUGGUUGAAAAUUGUACUAAAAUCAGUUUCUUUUUUAUGCAUUAACCAGAAGUGUGACUGGAGUAAUUAUUUUCUUUGUCCAUCUUUCUUUGGAAGGGGGGGGGGGGGAUACAUUUCAAUAUUUAAAGUUAUGAAUGGAAUUAUACAGUAUCUAAUUUUACUUAAGUUAUUCAGCAAGACUAGAGGAUAAGUGUGUAUGCUACAGAAGUACUUAUAUGGGAGUGUUUUUGUAUAAGUUGGCGAAAAUGUUUUGAAAAACAUUAAUUUCAGAAAAAAUUAUUGAAAAACAUUUUUGCAUCAUAUCACACUAGCAGCAGUGCUUACCAAGACAUGAGGAAAAAAUAUGAAGGCUGAAAAACUAUCAAAGGUCACAAGUUAACUUGGAUGCAACAUCCCGAAAAUUGAUUCAACUCUUGGUAACAAAUGGAUUAUAACAAACUUGUUACAUUUGUUAACCAAGAUGGAAUGAAGGUCACAUGUCAAGAUCAAGGUCAUAAGGCAGAAAGGUUUUUUUAUAUAUCUUUAUUUUCACAAAGUAACAUGGCAUAAACUGCUGAGGCUGAACAGAAGACUCUAAGAUUUCAAGAUGUUUUUUAUAAAAUUUCAAAAACAGAUUUUUUGCGUUUGUUUUUCUCCAAAGCCUUUGCAAACCGUUCAAACUUUUAUAUGAAAGUUUCUUUAUUUUCUAGUUGAUAAAUAUUAAAUAACUAGUUUUUUUUUUUUUUUUAAAUGUACUAAUAAAUUGAAUGAAAAAAUUCACUAUUUGCAAGGUUUAGUGGUUUGAUAUGGCAGGUGUUUGUCUUUUUGUAUUGUUUAAUGGCUCGAGGACUGGGUUGUACAUGGGUCUGUAUGAUUGAGAAAUUGAUGUUUACUUCACAUGUGUGAGUUGUCUCCCAUGUUAGAGCUUAUUUUUCUUUUUUAAUAGUAAACAAUUUACUGCUGUGGAAAAAAAAGACAAGUGAUCCUGUUAUCUCAUAGGUUAUCUGUGAUAUUAUCAGUAUUGGAAACUACAAGGAUGCAAUUUUUCAUAUCUCAUAUCAAAAGAUUUCAAGAAAGGAAAAAGGUAUUUGUAAUCUCAUGUUCUCUAUUGAUGAACACAUUGUAACAUUGUAGCUAACAUUAAUAUUUAAGUAUGGCUACUUUGUAAAUAUCCAUGUAUUUUUAUUUGUAAACAUUUUCAGUAUGUAUGAGGAAUUAUCCUAUUUAUUAUAAUAGAUGGUCUAUUAUGUCUUGUACAUCCUUAAAAUACACAUUGUCUUGUUUAAAGUCAGUUUUUCAUCAGCUCCAUAUUUAUUUGUCUAUUUCAAUUAUUAAAAUGAAUGUCCUUCCAUAUUUAGUAGAAAAUUACAGAAGAUGUAUUUUGUAUAUUAAUUAUGCUGUUUUGUGAUCUUGUGUUUCCUUUACCUGCCCUAACAUGUCAAAACAUUUUGUGUAUGCUAUUCCCACCCUUAUUCAGGUUUAUGGAAACUCAGUAUCUUUGGUAAUGCUAAAAUACUCACAUUGCAGAGAUGAUCUCAAAUUUACCUAAAUAUUUCAGGUACACAUUACAAUUUUAAGUAAAAUAUCCUAAUCUUCAAAAAAAUAAGUUGCCGUAAGCCUUGGUCAUCUUUUGAUAGACUUGUUCUCUCCCUUGUAACAGAGACUGGUGUGGGUUUUCACAUUAUAGUGCUUGUUCAGAAACUGUUUAUUAUCAAAAAUUGAAUAGUAUUAUUACAGUGAUAGAUUUUGGUGCCUUACCAAGGCUUUUAAACCAUAUUUUUGCCCAACACAACAUUGUUCUGACAGGUGGCAAAUUGACACGGUAUUAAAGUGGAGGGAAAAUGACUUCCAAUUCACCUGUUCAAUUUUAUUCCUGAAAAUAGAAUAAACAACGAAAUGUCCUAUUUCUAGUCAAUAUCUUAUUAAGAGUUGAUGUGUCAAAAUGGAGUCAUAAAACCCAGGCUAAUUUUUACACCACAAAAAUAACAGUAUGCACAAAACAUUCUCGGGUGUGCAGAUCUGUCACAAGCAGAACGUGUCAUUACUGGUAGUCUUAUUAGUUUGAGGGUUAACCCAUCAUAACACAAUUUCUACAUAAGUAUGAUCAGAAAUUUCAGAUGACUAUAUUAACAUAUGUACCUACUUUUAUAAGUUAGACAUAAGUGUUUUUGCCAAUUUUGUUUCUGUGAUGUAUGACAAGCAAUGGUAGCUAUCAGAUGGACUAUUAAAGAGAUUAUAUAUGGAUGUUUGAAAAUGCAAAGGAAAGCAAGCUUGAUAGAUCUGGCGAUGUGUGUAAGUGUGUGUGGGUGUGUUGGAUGACAGGAAAGUCAUUGUUUAGUCAAAGGUAUACCCAAUAUAGGUUUUGAAAUAUUGACAAAUGACAAAAUGUUUUGUUUUUUUGUUUCCAUCGUAUCCAGCUGAAUAUUG